GGCCAAAAUGCAAAAAGAAGAAAGUUUCAAACUUGUCAGUGUUUGGAAUUGAGGAGCAUCCGAAGGGUGAAGCAAGUGGUUGGCACAAGUCCCAAGGAGCAAUUGCCCGAAGAACUACAGAAAGGCCACCAUCUGGACAGUGCCCUAGAGUUCAAACG